AAUCCUCAAAAUGGUAUCUGAUUCAAAACAAAGAUGAUUCAAUGGUACAUGAUUGAAAGGCUAGUCAUGAUAUGUUUAACUUUAAUCUAAGAAAUAAAAUAAAAAUUUUCAAGUUCUCAAUUUACAUUUAGUGUUGGAAUAGUCGCCUUUCAUUCUGUUUGCUCGUUACGAACACAACCUAUCACUUAACGCCUUUAUUUUGUUGAUUAAAGUAGUUGUUGCUACACUACUCAGGAAGGGGUGUUUACAUAUUUAUCCUAAUAGAAGAAGUCAUGGCUCCCAAUCAAAGAAAAGUAUAUGUAGUUGGUGUGGGAAUGACAAAGUUCACUAAGCCUGGCUCUACUGGAAAUGACUACCCAGAUUUUGCCAAGGAAGCAGUUACAAAAGCCUUGCAAGAUGCUAAAAUAGCAUAUGAUGCUGUGCAGCAAGCCUGUGUCGGUUAUGUUUAUGGGGAUUCAACUUGCGGACAAAGAGCCUUGUAUGAGGUUGGAAUGUCAGGUAUACCAAUUAUAAAUGUGAAUAAUAAUUGUUCUACAGGAUCUACUGCUUUGUUUAUUGCCAAAGAAUUAGUUGAAGGUGGUAUUUGUGAUUGUGCCCUUGCUCUUGGUUUUGAAAAAAUGGCAAAAGGCUCUUUAACAUCAAAAUUUGAUGAUCGGACUAACCCAAUGGAUAAACAUGUCUUGGUUUUAUCUAAUCGCCAUGGAUUUGCAGCUGCGCCAGUCGCAGCUCAGUUUUUUGGUAGUGCUGGUCGGGAACACAUGGAAAAGUAUGGUACUAAACCUGAACAUUUCGCUAAAAUUGCCUACAAAAACCAUAAGCAUUCAGUAAACAAUCCAUAUUCUCAAUUCCGUGAUGAAUAUUCUUUGGAACAAAUAAUGAACUCUCCUGUUGUUUAUGAGCCACUAACAAAAUUACAGUGCUGUCCAACGUCUGAUGGUGCAGCUGCUGCUAUUCUUGCAAGUGAAGAUUUUGUGAAAACUCAUGGAUUAGAAAGUCAAGCUGUUGAAAUUUUGGGAAUGGAAAUGACAACAGAUGUUCCAAGUGCUUUUGAAGAGAACAGUAGCAUAAAAAUGAUUGGAUUCGACAUGACCAAAAAUGCUGCCGAUAGACUGUUUAAAAAAACGGGAGUAAAGCCGACAGAUGUUGACGUAGUGGAAUUACACGAUUGCUUUGCUACAAAUGAGCUCAUUACUUAUGAAGCCCUGGGCUUAUGUGAAGUGGGUAGAGGUGGUGAGUUGGUUGAUACUGGCAAUAACACAUAUGGUGGAAAAUAUGUUGUUAAUCCUAGUGGUGGAUUGAUUUCAAAAGGUCAUCCUUUGGGAGCUACUGGUUUAGCACAGUGUUCGGAAUUAUGUUGGCAGUUACGAAAUCAAGCUGGGAAUAGGCAGGUGCCCAAUGCGAAAUUGGCAUUGCAGCAUAAUAUUGGACUGGGUGGGGCAGUUGUUGUUACUUUAUACAGAUUGGGUUUUCCUAGUUCAAGUGAUUCUGAUAUUGUUCCUCCUAAAGAAAUCUUCAAACUAAAAUCUGCUAAGUUUUUUGAGAGAAGUAUCCCAUUGAUAAAAACAGCUGAAGGCAUGGUUGAUAAAAGAUUGAAAGCAUCUGCUAAAAUCAGAGUUAAUGAUGAUAAUUCUGAUUACGUUGCAGAAGGAUGCAUAGGCGUUGAUAAGGGUAAGAUCUUUGUGUCUUUCGAUCCGAACACUAAAACAGAUCUCGUUAUAACGAUCGGAGAUGGAGCUUUAUUUGAUAUUUUAAAUAAGAAGUCUACUUUUGAAAAGGCAUUUUUUGCUGGGAAAUUAAAAAUUAAAGGAAAUAUGGGACUAAUCACCAGAUUCAUGUCAUUGAAAAAUGUUUUGUUGUCUAAGCUGUAAAUGAAAUUAAUUAUGACUUAACUGUCUAAAAGUAAAUGUAUUAAUACAUAGGACAAAAAUUAUUUCAGUAUAUAACAGUUAUUUUUCAGUUAGUGCCAUUCUAAGUUAAAUUUUUGUUUUGGACUGCCGUAAGUUCUUAACUGUCUAAAAGUAAAUGUAUUAAUACAUAUGACAAAAAUUAUUUCAGUAUAUAACAGUUAUUUUUCAGUUAGUGCCAUUUUAAGUUAAAUUUUUGUUUUGGACUGUCAUAAGUUCGUUAAAUCUUUACAACUGUUUUUUUCUUCCCUCAUCUAGUCUUGCAUUAAAAUCUCUUAAUGUAUUGUUGUAAUAUAGGAUCAUCAUUGCAAAAUUCAAAGCUAAAUUUUAUGGCUUUUGUUUUUCAUAAUCAAAAACCAGAUUGAUCUUUAUAAGAAAAUAAUUUAAUGCUUGUCAGUCUUGAUAGUUUAUUUAUUUAUGCAGAUUUUUUUAAACAUAAUAUUUGUGUGAUUUAUGAAGUGAUUUUCUAAUUUGUUAAAGUAGCUGUUACAAAAAAUACCAAAGAACUCUUUGUUUAUACUUUUGUUUUAUUAUUUUUUUCUUGCUACGUCAUUUAAAUGUUUGUGGAUGAAUAAUUAUAAAAUACAUUUUAAAACAUUCUAGAUAAAAAGUUUAUUGAAUCGAUUACAUUUUUAAUUCAGUAAAAUCAUUCUAACCAUAGCUACUUUAAUUUUUAUGGGAGAUAUAUUGAAACCAAAUUUGAGAAAAAGAAAUUUUUAGAAAUUAAAUGAUAGUUAGCUCCAUAAUGAAAAUAUAUUAAAAUGUGAUUUAGAAUUAUAUAUUUUUUCAGUUAUAAAAUAUUUUAUUGUUGUAUAUUGUCACUAGUCUUUUUUUAUGCCAAAGACUUUUUUUCUUGUUUUCAUUAGUAGUUUAAUUUGUUAAGGCUGUGAGAUAUAAUUUUAAAGUUUAUUUACCGAUAGUUAACUUUUUUUGGAGCUUUAUGAAGUCAGUAAGUCAUAGUUCUGAAAUAAAAUUAAAAUAUCUUUAUUUUAAUAUAAUUUUCUUCUGGAUUAGAUAUGUUUUUAUUUUGAUGUAUGUACCUUUUCUUUAAAAAUCUUUUCCAUUGUGAAUGGCAAAAUAUCACAUUUUUAUAUUUGUCUUGUUUCUUUCUGUUCCUCGUUUCUGAAACAUUAUUUCGUUUCUUAAAGAUUUAGUUAUUUUCUUCAUAUGCUUAUAUCUAUUUUAUGUAUUUUAGUGUGUCUUGCUCUGAAUAAAAAAAAUAUUUAUAACCCUGUUUUUAUAUUCGUCAUACUUCUUUCUGUUCCUCAUUUCAAAAACGUUAUUUAGUUUCUAAAAAUAAAAAAAAAUAAAAAAUUCGUAUUUAGUAUCUAUUUUGAGUAUCCUAGUGUGUCUUGCUCCGAAUGAAAAAAUAUUUAUAACUGUAGGAUUUUUAAUUACUGACAUUUAACUGGAAAUUUGCUUAUAAUUUAUGAUGGUCUUAUUAUUUAGGAUCAUAAGGUAAUAUAUAGCAAAAUAAAUUAAUUUGUAUGCCAAAA